AGUCACUUGGGCCUUGGGGAUAAUACUUGGGACUUUGGGAAUGUCUUCCUCUAUUGGCGCAACUCAUUUCCGUUGAACCGGAGGAAAGCUUGUAAGAGACUGCCAUGAAAACAAACAUGGCGGCAGCAAUGGUGAACGUACCGACAUUCAGACCCUCGUCACUGCCACGUCCUUCCUGUUACUCGAUACAUUACCAUUUCCGUCACACAGCUGUCUCUAUCACACAAAUAUCAACAACGAAUUCAAACCCCAGAAGUAAUAAAUCAAUUAGGUUUCCAGCUAUCUCUUGUUGCUUCAACUCAACUACCGAGGAUUCGGCAGUAUCAUCAUCAUUAUCAUCGCCGGAUAACGCGUCAACGCCGCUUAAUGAGCGGAAGCCUGUGAGAAAGUACCAGCGCAUGUUUAGGAGGAAGCAGCCCGGUGAAGAGGGAGGUAUCACCGAAGAAAUGAGAUUCGUUGCUAUGAAACUCCGUAAAAAGAAACCUGAUCAUGAGCGUCGCAAGUUGGAUGACAACGACAACAGUGAGACGGAAGAUGACGACUCUGGUAACAGUGAUAGAGAAAUUGACGGAUCUGAUGACGAUGAUGGUGGAACCGAUAGUGAGGAUCCUGGGACAUGGGAACCUGAUCUGCGUGGAUUAAUGAGUUUUUUGGUUGAAAAUCGGCAUGUUUUUAGCAAUAUUGAGCGAUUGGUCGAUGAGUCGCAAGAUGUAUCCUUUGCCUACUUCAGAAAGACUGGAUUGGAAAGAAGUGAAAGUUUUACAAAGGAUAUAGAAUGGCUUAGCCAGCAGAAUAUACAAAUCCCGGAUCCUCAAAGCCCUAGUGCAAAAUAUGUAAAAUAUUUAGAAGAACUUGCAGUGAAGAAUCCUCCUUUCUUUUUCUGUCAUCUCUACAAUAUUUACUUCAGCCACAUAGCAGGUGGACAAGUGAUUUUAAAAAAGACAUCUGAAAAGAUACUAGAAGGAAGAGAACUGGAGAGUUGCCAGUGGCCAGGGGACCCUGAAGAGUUAUUAAAGGAUAUGAGAGAGAAGCUGAAUGCUCUAGGACAGCAUUGGUCACGAGACGUGAAAGCUAAAUGCUUAAAAGAAGCAAGCAAGUCAUUCAUGCAUAUGGGGGCGAUAGUUCGGCUUAUGAUCUCUCCAAAAGCAAAACCCUAAUUAGUUGAUGUCUUUUAAGAAUGAUGUUUUGUAUGAGGAUUUUGAAUUCCAAAGAUACUACGGAAUGGAAUCUUGAAUUCCACACUAGAUUAUGCUAAGUCAACUGGAAUUUGCAUACAAAAUAUCUACACUACACUAAACAUAGAGGCAACAUUGCACCAUUCAUUUAAAGUUCUACAACUAAUAACUGUAUUCCAUAUCUAAAUGAAACACAAUUUCUUAAACAAAUCCAUUGAAUUUAAAGCUACAUUCAAUGAGACAUGGACCCAUUUACUGCUGCCACUUGCAAUUUAUAUGUUGGUUGAAUUUCAAAUUGAUCUACGAUUCUAACAGUAUUUAUAGGGUCUUGAUGAAAAGCAUUCGCCCUCCAUUUGCUCGGAUACUUCCGAUUGUGACUAGCCAUUUGCGGUUGUCUCACCUCAUUAUCCCACUCAGGAUCUAGCUUCCAUUCCUUGGGAACCUGCAUAUCCCAGAGUGAAGACUUCAAGAUCGCCAUCCUC